AUGACUACAGUGUUUCGAAAGGCAAAUGAAAACGACAGAAACGUCGAAGCCUCGUUGUACAUAGGGAAUUUGGACCCUAAAGUGACCGAGACAAUACUCUAUGAAUUAUUUGUACAAUUUGCUCCCGUGAGAUCGCUUCAUCUCCCCAAAGAUCGAGUGCUAAGAGCACACCAAGGAUUUGGGUUUGUGGAAUUUAAGAACCCUAAAGACACCGAGUACGUGGUACUGGCAUUGAAGGGCGUCCGCCUUUACGGGAAGCUUCUUCGACUUCGCCAAUUGGAGGCCGGAAAACCCUCCUCUACACAACCUUCUAAGUCUGUGUCUACAGCAGACGUGGGAGCCAAAAUAUUCGUUAAUAACCUUAACCCGUUGAUCGAUGAAAAGUUCCUUGCGGAGACGUUCUCAGCGUUUGGAACUGUGAUUGGUAGUCCACAGAUUGUCCGAGACCCACAAACUGGAGAGUCAAAAGGACAUGGGUUUGUGGACUUUGAUGAUUUUGACAGCAGCGACAAAGCCAUUGAGAGCUUGAACGGCAAAAUGCUCAUGAAUUGUCUUAUCACGGUGGCUUAUGCAUUCAAAGGAACCAAUCAGAAGGUUAGACAUGGGGAUAAAGCAGAGAGAGUAUUGGCAGCAAAUGCAAAAAAACGGAUUCAAAACAGCACUCCCUCCGACGGGACCGAUGGGGCUGGCGAAGGUGGCAGAAGAAAACGAGGUGGCUUAAGGUAG